AUGUGUGGUAGGUGCCCGCGUGCGUCCAUCAUCAACGAGGCGGCCGCGGCGUCGCCCAACCAGCCCAUUGUGAACAUGGGCCAGGGCUUCUUUGGCUACAACCCGCCGCCCUUCAUCCUCGAUGCCGCCAAGGACGCUCUGGACCGUGUCGAGUGCAACCAGUACUCGCCCACCAAGGGCCGCCCGCGCCUCAAGAAGGCCAUUGCCGACGCCUACUCGCCGUUCUGGGGCCGCAAGAUUGAUCCAGAGACUGAAGUGACCAUCACCACCGGAGCAUGCUUAGUGCCUUCAUGGCCUUUAUCGAGCCCGGCGACGAAGUUAUCAUCUUUGACUAACUCCGGCGCAGGUACAUCAGCAACAUUGAAAUGCCUGGCGGCAAGAUUGUCUACGUACCCAUGCAUCCGCCCGCCACGGGCGCCACCACCACGUCGUCGGCAGCCGACUGGACUAUCGACUUUGACGAGUUGGAACAACCCCGUUGGCAAGGUCUAUUCCAAGGAUGAGCUGCAACGGAUCGGUGACCUCUGUGUCAAGAAUGAAAUCAUCAUUUUGUCGGACGAGGUCUACGAUCGGCUGUACUAUGUACCCUUCACGAGAAUCUCACGGCUGUCUCCCGAAAUCGAGCGACUGACCAUCACGGUCGGCUCCGCGGGAAAGAACUUUUACGCCACGGGAUGGCGAUGGUUGAUGGGCCCGGCGGAUCUGAUCAAGUACGUCUCCGCGGCGCAUACUCGCAUCUGCUACUCGUCCGUAUCCCCCCUGCAAGAAGCAUGCGCCGUGGGCUUCGAGCAGGCCGACUCAAAGGGCUUCUGGGAUGAGACCAUCAAGGACAUGAAGGCAAAGAUGGAUCGCUUCAACGAGGUCUGGGACGAGCUUGGCAUGCCCUACUCGGAACCCGAGGGCGGCUACUUUGUCCUGGUCAACAUGAAGAAGGUCAAGGUCCCCGAGGACUACCCCUUCCCGCCACACGUGGCGAGCCGGCCGCGCGACUUCAAGCUCGCAUGGUUCCUGAUCCAAGAGGUGGGCGUGGCGGCGAUCCCGCCGACGGAGUUUUACACGGCCAAGAACGCACACAUGGCAGAGGACUACAUCCGAUUCGCGGUCUGCAAGGAUGACGAUGUGCUGGAGGAGGCCAAGCGCCGGCUGAGGGGUUUGAAGAAGUACAUGGAGUACAAGGGGUGA